AUGGACUGUAACAGGGAAGAGGCCUCUAGGGCAAAAGCAUUGGCAGAGAAUAUGAUGCGGAAUGGUGAUUUUGCCAAGGCUCAGAAGCUGCUAAUGAAGGCUCAGAGUCUCUUCUCAGGUCUUGACAGCUUACCACAAAUGUUAGCCGUUUGUGAUGUCCAUUGUUCUGCCGACGAUAAAAUCAAAGGUCUCGAAAACUGGUACGGUAUUCUCCAAGCUAUGCAUUUUUCUGACGAUGCCACAAUCAAGAAGCAGUACAAGAAGCUCGCUUUGCUUCUUCAUCCUGACAAGAACCAGUUCCCAGGUGCAGAGUCUGCUUUCAAAUUGAUUGGGGAAGCAAACAGAUUGCUCGCUGACAAGGAAAAACGUUCGCAGUAUGAUAUCAAGCGAAGAAUCUAUUUACGGGUCGCUAGCCACCAGUUGAAUGCAAACUCUGGUCUACGAAGUGCAGCUGCAAACAAUGCCACAUUUCUGGCUUGUGAGCAUUGUGGCUAUAAGCAUACAUACUUCGGACAAUAUGUGAACACGCGUAUGUACUGUAUCAGUUGUCAUCGAUCCUUCGUGGCCUCCAACACUGGAUUUAACGGAGUGCCGCCUAAAUCAAGCACUGAUCAAAAAGGGGUUCGAAAUCAGGGCCCGUGUAAGACAUCUGUGGAGUCCACUGGUGCUCAGCCAAGAACUGUGGCAGAUGAGGUGGAUAAGAAGAGUACUGCUGAGCUACACAAAGCUGAUGAUAUGAAGCCGCAACCUGAGGUUACAGAACCAGAAGCAGGUGCAUCAAAAUCUGUACCUGAUGAAUCAGUUUCAAGGUGUGAUCAAGCACCCUCUACGAGCAAGGACAAAUCAACGAGGAGAAAAACUGUUGAGGAUCCCACUGAGAGUAUCGAUGUUGAUUCAAAAGAUAAUAGUAAUAGGAGGACAUCUCCAAGGAAAAGUCAGCGGGUAUCUUGCGCAGAGAAGGGAAGCAGUGGUGAUUCUAUAAUCCCUCCAACAAAAAGGCCAGUAUCAAGUGGUGGAUUGAAACCUGAGGGAACUACGAAAAAACAAAAUUUAGGUGUUGGAUCAUCGGUACGUCAUGAUUCUGGUGCUUCUUCUGCCCCUUCAUCUGUUUAUAAUGGAAAAGCUAAGAACAAUGUGGGUUCUGGACAUCAAGAAAUCUCGUCAACCAAAGAGAAGAAGAGUGAAGGAAGUGAAGCACGUGGAGUAGCGAUGGGUAUGGCGGGAAAGAUUGACAAAAACGACAAAGCUAAGGAAAAGCCUAGUACUCAGGAUUUACCUGAUCCAGACUUUAACAAUUUCGAACCGACAACAAGCUGCUUUGCUGUCAACCAGGUGUGGUCUCUGUAUGAUUCGACUGACGGUAUGCCUCGGCUCUAUGCUAGGAUAAGAAAAGUUCUUGAUUCUGAGUUCAAGCUUUGGAUUACGUGGUUAGACCUCUUACGGCAGGAUAACAAAGAUAGCUCUAUUCCCAUUGCUUGUGGAAUCUUCCAAGAUGGUGAUUCACAGGAAGUAGGCGACCAUCUGAUAUUUUCUUGUCAGAUGCUUCACGUACCUCAUGACAAUAACAUCGUUAUCUAUCCAAGAAAAGGAGAAAUUUGGGCAGUCUUCAGAGGCUGGGAUAUCAGUUGGACUUACGAAUAUGACUAUGUUGAGGUUCUGUCUGAUUUAAAUGAUGUGGAUGGCCUUGGAGUGGCCUAUCUGGAAAAAGUGGAAGGGUUUAUCUCUCUGUUUCGCCCAGGUGCAAAGUAUGGAGUUCUCCAAUUUCUAAUUCCACCAAGCGAGAUACUGAGGUUUUCUCAUAAAGUCCCUUCAGUCAAAAUGACUGGAAAUGAGAGAGAAGGUGUUCCUCCUGGUUGCUUCGAAUUAGACACUGCCGCUUUACCAAAAGAUAUGUUCGAGGUUGAUAAUUCUAAAGCUGAUGUUGGGUUGGAUAAAGAAAAGCGGAAUGGUAAAACUGGUGGUCCUUUUCCUAAGGCUUCAAGGGUUGAAGUGCAGGCAGAUACUACGCUAGAGAGCAGUCUAUCUCCAAAGGAACGCCAAAAAGUUCAUGACAAUCACAGUUCAGUCUCCAAUGCAUCUAAUGGAACAUGCAGUAAUCAUGAAAUGAGCUCAGUGAAGAUAUUCAGAAAGAGUGUCAAAGCAUUGGAUAAUUGCAAUCUGCGAAAAUCUCCUCGUCUUUUGAGUGAAACAAACAAACAAAAGACUUCAAAGUCAGGCCGAGAAAAAGCUGAGAAGAAGAGUGGUAACGAUGGUGAAUCAUGUGGACAGCCAGAUGGGUUUUGUAUACCUGAUGAGAAGAUGACUACCGCAAAGAAACCUGAGAAGGUUAUUGUGACUGAUGAUUCCUCAAGAAUCAGAAAAUCACCUCGGCAUACACACAAACCCACAGGGAACUCAAAGAAACGUGGAAGAGAUGAGGAGUCGCUGUCUCAGUCAUAG